AUGGCGUUUUAUCUUGUCCUGGUUUUUCUUCUCCACAAGACAAUUGGAGAAACACAGACCGGAAAUUGUAAAGACAUGUUACAGGGUUACUUAACAGGACAGCUGUCGUCUGCUCUAGGAGCAUAUCAGGUAGAAGCUUUAAGGCGGGAAUUCAAAAGCUUCACUGGUGUCAUUGAGAAAUCCAUGAAAAAAUUCAAGGAGGAAGUAAAUGCUAGCAUGCAGGAUGAAGGUAUAGGAAACAAAAACAUUGUAUACACUAGAUGGGGAAAGAAGAUGUGUCCAUCCAACGCAAAACUUGUUUAUUCUGGAUUCUCUGGAGGAUCUUAUCAUACUCAUAAAGGAGCGGCUAUAGAUCCUCUUUGUUUACCGAGGGAUCCGGAGUGGGGGAUCUACAAGGAUGGAAAUGAUGGAGCUAGGGCCUAUGUAUAUGGAGCAGAGUACGAACUGGAUUUUUUCCCAAAUCACUUUACUUCACUUCAUCACCAAGACGUACCUUGUGCUAUCUGCCUUGUUCAAAACAGAUCCGUUAUGAAAAUGUUUCCAGCAAGGAAAACCUGUUACAAAGGCUGGAACCUUGAAUACCAUGGUUACCUAAUGGCUGGGUACCAUGAUCAUGCAGCCAGUACAACAUACAAAAGUGUAGACGGGAAUCCAGACACCUUACAUGGCGGCCAAACUGGAAAACAUGGCUACCUAUUUUAUCUUGUAGAAGGUCGCUGUGGUUCAUUGAAAUGUCCACCAUAUGUUGAAGGAAGAGAACUAGCGUGCGCUGUUUGUUCCAAAAAAUAA